AUGAAACGAGCUGCUUUCAGCAUGACAGGCCGCCCAAAGGCGGAAGCGGCGAAUGGAACGCCCUUCAUGCACGAGCGAGCAUGCAUCGCCAUCACCCAUCAUUCAUCAUUCGGCGCGCCGAUCCGCAGCACCGCACGGGCCUGCGACUUGGACCUCGGAGAGCCAACAGAGAGAGAAGUGUUGUUCGUCGGUUGUGCAAUUUCAGAAUCGCAGAGGCUUCGGGGUUUAAAAGAUAUCUCUGAACACGCCGCUGUUGCGGAUUCGCCUCUCGCUUCUUUGUUUACACUCGCCAGGUCGGGCUCCUCCGUAUCUGGACCGGCGCCAUCUUCAAACUUCACCGGUCCAGGGGGGGCUGGCUGGACACCGCCGACUCGCUCGAACACUGUGUACCAGGCAAGCCCAGGUCGAGAAGCAGGCCGAACAGGCAAAACUUCUUGCAAGCCCACCCACCGACGUUCCCGGUCCGAGAAGUGGCUAGCUGGAGAGGGUAUCCGCACCGCAGGAGGGAUGUCAGACCCUCAUAAUCCAAAGUCCAAAGUCGUAAGUCAUCAAUGGGGACACGAAGACGCGCAUGAUUCAGACCCUCAGUCAUCCUCGAUCAUUAUUAGGAGGAUUCAAAGCCAAGUAGCACUAGCACAUACAGCUAGCAUAUCUAUAGCAAGCCUUGAUAGCCCAGCUCUUAUUGUAUCCCGAAAGCUUCCCCAGUUCCGUCCCGUGAUAUGGACGCUGCCACUGAAAUUGACUUCCCUUUACCACGUAAGCAAACGUUCGUGA